UUGGGCAUUUUCCAUAGAGGGCAACUCAAUCUGAAUGGGAGCGUGGGUGCUUCAUUCAAAAAGGGGUUUAUUUUUUAAAAAUAGAGCCACAAAUAGACAAGGGCAAGUUGUAAUGAAAGCGGGUACAUACAAGUAACUUAAGUUAGUCCAUGACAUACAAUACAACACUCACAUGGUAGAUGCUCGAUGGAGAGAGAGAGACAAAGAGGAGGAUACAUAUUCUAGAGAGAGAGAGAGAGAGAGAGAGAGAGAGAGAGAGAGAGAGAAGAGGGUGUUUGUUACUUUGUUACCGUGUCUUUGCCAUCUGUUGCACUGCGGUAGCAUUGUUGGGGUUUCCCAAAGCUCUUUUUUUUGGUUGGUGGGGUUGCUGGUUUUACUACUGAGGUGAGGAAUGAGGCCCGGGAAGUUUGCAAAUCUUGCUUUCUGCUUAGAAAUGUUAAUGAGAUAUUUGCAAUUUUGAGGAACCCUAAUUCUGGGUAAGAUUGUGUUGCUCUGGGAGGUGGUUCUGGGCUUUGUUACCCUGAAAAGAGUUUUUAGGUCGUGUCUGUUUGUUGAAAAGUUUGUUUCUUUGUGGUUUCUGAAGAUGGAUUUUGAAUUCCUUUUCGAAGAAUCUGAGCUGGGUUGUGAUCUGAAUUCUGAAGCCUCUACCAUGUGAUUUUAUUUGUAUUAACUGAUGUUUGCAGCAUUGGAGUUUGUCAACCAGCAAUUCAGGGGUGAAGAAAUAUGCCUUACUUCAUAAAUUGGUUUACAAUAAGGCAGAGCUAGCUUUUCAUAAUGGUGCCAACAUGUAGACCAGAUUGAAAUUGUAAAGUGAAACUGCCCUAGUUAGCAGAGAAGUUGAUAAGCACGAUAUGGAGAAUUUAUGUGAUGAUAACUUUGAAGGAUCUAUUGAAGAAAGACAGAUUUUUACUGAGGUCUUUUCUGCUAAUGACAUUUUUCAGUCUAGUCAGAAGUCUCUUGUUUCUGGAGUCAUCAACUUUGAUCAUGAAUCCACUAAAAGUAAAAACACAUUUAAAUCAUUCUGCUCUAGUAAUGAAAAUUCAGUUGUAUUGCAUCCCUCAUCAUCUAGGCUUACACACCCUGAGGAGGACUUUAAUGUAAUUCAGCAAUCCAAAGAGACUGCUCUGGGGUGUAUGCCAGAGAGUUUCGUUUGUGAAGACCAGAAUGACGAGGAUGUGAAUGUCAAACGUAUGAAAUUUUCUCUCCACGAACUUGCUUGUAGUAGAUCUGAUUCAGAAAAUAUUUUGAGUUCAUCAAGACUUUCAAAAGUAGUAGUUACUAACCUGUCACAUGCUGCUUCAGACUGUGAUAGUGAAUCAGUUCCAUUUUGUUUAGUUGAAUCAUCAAAACAUGGUGUGAUAUCUAGUUGCUAUCUAUUGAAGAAUAACAUUUUAAAUAAACAAGUUGCUAAGGAUGAUGAUGCUACAAAUUGUAAAUCAAUAUCAGCAGAUGGGAAUGUUGCAAAAGAGGUGUCUGUAAGUAAAGCAGUUGCUUCUCCUGUUUCGCAGGAAAGCUUUGCAAACAGGCUUGUAGUUACCAGUCCAUCAAUUACUGUUGUGAAAAAGUCAGGGUCUCCCUUAAAUCCUGAAGAAAUGCCAGAAGGGUUUCUAUCUUCUAAUAUGGACAUCUCAAAUUCAUCCCUGAAGGUAGAGGAAGAGGACCCUCGGACUUUACUGCAGUUUCAUAUUGUACAGUUGCUUAGAAUGGCAGGAUGGUCGAUUGAGAAGCGCAAACGACCUAGUAGGCGUUAUGUGGAGUCGGUUUAUAGGACACCAGAGGGAAAGCCUAUUCGGGAGUUUACAACAGCUUGGAGAUUAUGUGGUCAGCUUUUAUCUGUGGAAAAUUUCAAUUUAAUGUGUGCAGACUACAAGGAAUGGACUGAUAUUAGUCAAUUCUGGUCUGAUCUAUCCAGGGCACUGGUAAAUGUUGAAAAAACAAAGACUCAGUCUGAGCCUGCUGCUAUAUUGGCUUAUCGAUGGUGGCUUUUGGAUCCUUUUGUAGUGGUUAUUUUUGUCAACAGAAAGAUUGGUGCACUAAAAAAGGGAGAGGUAGUGAAAGCAACUAGUAGUUUAGUUUCUACUCAGUAUAAGAUGGCAUGUGCUCCCUUUGAUUCAAGCUCUGUACCUGGAGGGUCUAAAGUAAAUGCUUUUUAUCAAGCUAAAACUAGAAAUUCCAAAAGCUUUGAUAAACAGUGUUCAGAAAAUUAUCUGGAAACAAAUAAAAAUAUCAAUGGAGAUGUGUCGAUGGACAUGUCAGAGGAAAAUAAUGCAUACAGUGUUGGCCAUGGCCUCGUUCAUUCUCAUGACACAGAGGCUAUGCAACAUUCUGAAUGUAGUGAGGAAGAGGGUAGGGAAAUCUCAAUGGCUUCUGUAUUAGGGAAAGAUAACACAUAUUCUGCUUCCAAUGUUAUUGUUAAAAGGAAAAUGCGGAGGAAGGGCAGCAAAAGGGUAUCUGAAAUCAAACUGAGUAGGUUAUACCAUAGUGGCAUGUUGGGAUCAACUGUUACUGAUCAGGUGCAGUCACUAAAUGGUGAAACAUGUGGGUUGGAAGAGGUCCAGGAUUAUCUUACUGACAGUGCAGGAAAGAAAAGAAACUGCAGGAAGUUAUCAUCUGUUGGUGGAAUCCAGAGAAAUAAGUCCAAUGGAUGCCAGAUUAAAGAUGAUGAUUUAUUGGUGUCAGCAAUAUUCAGGAAUAAGGACUUCAAAACAAAGGCAAUCCGGGGUAAUUCUAGUGCUAAAUCCUGCAAAUCAAGGGGCCAGAGAAGGCUUAAAAGCCAGAAGGGCCGUUGCAGGUUGCUACCAAGGAACCCUUGUAAUGGAGGGAAGCACAAUAAGGAUGGAAAUAGGUAUUAUUUGGGCACAAGGACAAUCUUGUCCUGGUUGAUUGAGAAUGGUGUCAUAUCUUUAAAUGAUGUGAUUCAAUAUCGAAAUCCUAAGGAUAAUGCUGUAAUUAGGGAUGGUAGGAUAACCAAAGAUGGUAUUAUUUGUACAUGUUGUGGUCGGGUGCUUACAUUAUCAGGGUUCAAGUUUCAUGCUGGGUUUACACUGAAUCGCCCCUGCUUAAAUAUUUUCAUGGAGUCUGGUGAGCCCUUUACCCUGUGCCUCCUUCAAGCUUGGUCAGCUGAAUACAAAGCCAGGAAAAGCCAGAAUCAAGUUGUGCAUGCUGAUGAUAAUGAUAAAAAUGAUGACUCAUGCGGGCUAUGUGGUGAGGGAGGUGAACUGAUAUGUUGUGAUAACUGUCCAUCUACUUUUCACCUAGCUUGUUUGUCCACUCAGGAGAUCCCUGAUGGCAACUGGUACUGCACUAACUGCACCUGUAGAAUAUGUGGAAAUUUGGUCAUUGAUAAAGAUGCUUCAGAUGCACAUGAUUCAUUGCAAUGUUCACAGUGUGAAGACAAAUAUCAUGAGAAAUGCCUGAAAGAAAGAGAGAAACAAGAAGGAUCGGUUUCAGACACUUGGUUUUGUAGUCAGAGUUGUCAGGAGGUAUACUCUGGACUCCAAUCGCAGGUGGGAUUAGUUAAUCAAGUUGCUGAUGGCUUCUCAUGGAUGCUCCUUAGAUGCAUCCAUGAUGACCAAAAGGUUCAUUCUGCACAGUGGUUUGCCCUAAAGGCAGUGUGCAACACAAAAUUAGCUGUUGCUCUUACCAUCAUGGAGGAGUGUUUUGUGUCAAUGUUUGAUCCAAGAACUGGCAUCCACAUGAUACCUCAAGUUUUAUACAACUGGGGGUCUGAGUUUGCUCGUCUGAAUUUUCAAGGGUUUUACACUGUGGUAUUGGAAAAACUGGAUGUGUUAAUAUCAGUAGCAUCUAUCAGGGUGCAUGGAACUACAGUAGCAGAGAUGCCUCUAAUUGCAACUUGCAGUCAGUAUCGUCGACAGGGAAUGUGCCGACUCCUUGUGAGUGCAAUUGAACAGAUGUUAAUAUCUAUCAAGGUAGAAAAGCUUGUGAUAUCAGCCAUUCCAGAUUUGGUUGAGACAUGGACCAAGGGCUUUGGAUUCUUACCUGUUGAUGACAUUGAAAAGAAAAGAUUGAAUAAAAUAAACUUGAUGGUUUUUCCUGGGACUGUGUUACUUGAAAAACCGUUAUACAGGAAGGAGAAAAUUGAAGGACCGUGUGAUCAAUCAGCUCUAGCAACAGAUGAAUCAUCCAAAGUAGGCAUCUGUUCUGAAGGAAUGGCCAUUAUUGAAUCGUUGCCACAAGAUGUUGGAAACCUAACUACCAAUGAAGUUGAAAUUAAGUCAGAAUAUGAACCUGUAGAUGGCAACGGCAAUGAAACCGGCAGAGAUGAUAAUAGUCAAGCUGUUGACACUGCAUUCGGAGACAAAGAAUCAACAAAAAUUAGUAGCUGUUUAAGAGAUCAGAUCAUCCAGUUAACAGUGUCGGGCGGUGCAGAAGGUUUUAUUGAAGGAAACAAAGAGCAGGAAUUGAAGAGCAACAAAAUGCAAAUGCUAAGUGAGUUGGUACAGCAAUCUAUUGAGAACUGUUGUGCUGACAAAGAUGGUACUGAAACAGGUUUAAGAAUUAUUGAGGAAAAGAAUAUCAAAAUAGGUGAAGGUCAGGAAAAUGCUUUGCAGGGCCAUUUUUCAAAUAUGUCCUGCAAAACAUUUUUAGGCAGCAAUUUUGACAUGGAUUCCAAUAUUGAAUGCUCAGUGAUGUAUGAUGAAACAGCUUUUUUUGGAACAUUUGCCAAGUCUGCAAGUUGAAUGGAAAGUUGAUAGAAAGUAGAUGUUUAGAGAGAUGAUGUGAUGCUCAAAACAAACUUGUGAUUUUUAGUAGUGUUUCUUAGGGGGCACUAACUGCAAAAUAUGGAAACAUAAAAUAGGUUCUAGAAUAUUGGUUGGUUAAGUUCAGUUUAUUUUUGAGAAACAAUUGCUUACUUCUUUCAGCUUCUUAAGAGAGGACAUGAAAAUGAGCAAUUAUUUUCUUGGAAUUAAGCUUAACUAAACAUGUAACUAGGGACUAGUGUGUAGCAUAAGAUUGAGGCAAACAAGAUAGUUUUUAUGUUCAUGCCCUAUUUAAUUUUGCUUGUUAUAACAUUUACAGUUGAGUAACAUUUACACAUUUUUUUGU